AUUAUCAGCUGAAAGUUGUCACUGCAAAGAUAUGAGUUAAAGUUUAAGCUAUAACAUCAUGAUUUUUUUAAUUUUAUGAAUAUUUUUUCAAUCUAAACGUUUUCUAUAUUGUUAAUUUUGGUUAAGUUUUAUAGAAAUAUUAUAAAGAUGUCUAUGUUAACUGCUGACUGGAAUCCUCUUGGACGUGAUUUUUAUCGACGAGUUGAACUUUGCUCUCUUAAUUGGUCCACUGAAGGUGUUGAUUUAUCAAAGUAUAGAGUAUGUGCUGCUCCUUUUUCUGGUUACAUAGCUCUUCAUUCUCACGAGAAGGAAAAUGCAACUGUAAGACUUCUUUCUGGUACCAAUCAGAAUGCUAGAUCGAUCAUCUUUAUUUUCACUCCUUAUGGAGAAUACUUUACAAGUCUUCGACUUAAGACAUCUAAUCUAAUUGCCAUGGGAUGGUCUAAUACAGAAAGCUUAGUUUGUGUUGGAGACAAUGGCUAUGUUUAUGUUUACGAUUUCUUCGGAGAGCUUCAAAAUAGUUUCCUUAUCCAUGAUGAUCUCAGUAAAACUGAAGUUUGCCAGUGUAAAAUAUUCACCGGGCCUUAUUCAACUGGUAUCGCUGUUUUAACAGAAACUCAAAAGUUUUACGUUAUAAACAAUAUUGAUUCACCUAUGGUGCGACAAUAUCACGAGAUGCUUAAAACAGAUAAACCACCGAGUUGUUGGAAUGUUAUUGCUUGUAAAAAUGGCGAGGUAAAAAUAUUGUUUUCCAGGGAUGGAAAUUUGUUCCAGCUCAGUUCUAAUAAAUGUGAAUCUAUGGUUUUUCAAAGAACGGGAACAUCGACAGUAAUAGAUAUAUCAUUCAGCCAUGAUUACAAGAAUAUUUCCUUAUAUCUUGAAACUGGUAUUCUCUGGAUUGGCUCUUAUGAUGGAACUAUAUCAAAAAUUUGUGAGUUUGUUACCAAAUGUGAAGAAAAACCCGAAUAUAUGCUAUGGUGUGGAAAUGAAGCCGUUGUUUGCCUUUGGAAAGAAAUUUUACUCUUAGUUGGAUUAGAAAAGGAUUGGUUAAAUUAUUUAAUGGAUGGACCUGUUCAUUUAGUUCAAGAAAUUGAUGGUAUACGUGUUAUAACCAAUGACACUAAUGAGAUUAUUCAGAAAGUUCCUGACCCUCUAGUUCAAGUUUUCAAAAUAGGAUCUCUUGCUCCUGGUGCUCUUCUGAUGGAGGCCAAUAAAGAAUAUGAGAGAAGAGUACACAAAGCUAAUGAAUAUAUUAGGUUAUUAAGUGAACGAAAUGAAAUUAACUCGGCUGUGAUUCAAUGUACACUGGCUGCAGCUCAUGAAUUUCAAGUGAGCUCAGAGAAAAUGCUUCUUCGGGCAGCUUCGUUUGGUAAAUUAUUCACUCCAGAUGCUGAUUCUGAGUUAUUUGUAAAUAUAUGUCGAAACCUACGUAUUCUCAACACAAUCCGACAGCAGAAUGUCGGCUUAUUACUUACUUACAAUCAACUUGAAUAUCUUUCUAUCCAAGUACUCAUUGAUCGGUUGGUCCUGAGAAGACAAUAUUUUCUAGCCAUCAAAAUCGCAAAAUACUUGAAAAUACCUGAUGACCAAGGAGUUUCCAGGAUAUUAAGAAAUUGGGCUUUCUACAAGAUUAAAUUAAGGGAGAUGGAUGACGCUGAAAUAGCUCAAGAUAUUAUCAAGAAAAUUGAUUCUAAUUCUGGUGUGUCUUUUUCUGAGAUUGCCGAGCAAGCAAUUAAAGAGAAAAGAGAUGAAUUAGCCAUUCUUCUAUUAAAUUGCGAACUAAAAGCAAGCAGACAAGUUCCACUUCUACUUGAACUUAAACAAUACGAGCAAGCCUGUAAAAAAGCCAGUGAAAGUGGUAAUGCCGAUCUAAUUUAUAUGGUCAUUGAUGUUCUCAGUACUCAAUCGAGAAAAGAUUUUCUCUUAAUAAUACGUAAACAUCCAGAAGCUUAUGCUUUGUACAAAAAGCAAUGUCAAAAUGAGGAUCUUGAAAAGCUCUAUGAUAUUUGCAUCCAGGAAGAUGAUUCUAGCUCUCGUGCCUAUCUCAAAAUUUUAGAAGCUUAUCGAUAUGAAUCUAUAGGGGAUCGUCGAAGAUGUUUACUAGAAGCUCAAGAGUGUUUUAGAAGAGCGAAAAACGAAUUUAAUUUAGCAGCUACGGAAGAACAAUUAAAAUUAAUGGAGAAUCAAAUUAAAUUGGAAGAAAAAUUCAAGCAUCCUUUUGUUGGUCUAUCAUUACAAGAAACUAUGGCUAAAUUAUUAUACGAUAAGGAGCAUAAAUUGGCUGAAGGUUUGAAAAAAGACUUCAAAGUUCCCGAUAGAAGAUUUUGGUUGCUCAAAAUCAAUAUUUUAGCUGAGCAAAGGGAUUGGAAUGAACUUGAAAAAUUCAGCAAAAGUAAAAAAUCUCCAAUUGGUUAUGAGCCAUUUGUAUCUGCUUGCUUGAAAUUCAAAAACAGAACAGAAGCUCAAAAAUAUGUCGGCAAAGUUCGAGAAGAGUUCAAAGUUGAUUACUAUGUUAAAACUGGAUUAUUGGAGGACGCAGCUAAAAUAGCAUUUAUGGCCAAGGAUGUUGAUGCUCUUGAUUAUGUUGCUAAAAGAUGUGGACCAGGAGAUAAAUCACUAAGUGACCGAAUUGUCAGUAUGCGGAAACAGUUAACUGGAUAAAGGUUAAUCCUUUAGCACUGUCAACUAAUUUACUUUGAAUUCUAGAAACGCUAUUCUAGUGGCUCUAGAAAUUAUCAAAAUGAAUUUACUAAUCAAACAUUAAAGUAUUACAUUAUUGUUUAUUUAAUAUGUAUUUUAUCAAUUGUUGUUACUUUUACACUUGAAAUAUUGUAUUAUUUAAUGAAAUCAAAUUAAUAAAAUCCAGUUAUAAUGUGUUUUA